UCGAUCGAAGUCGAUCAGUUCACUGCAGUUGAUUUAUUCAUCGAUGAUAGUAAAGUAGAGAACUGUAAGAAUGACGCAUCUAUAGAGUGUUAUUUAAUAACAAAGAAAGUGAGAAUCUUGUUUUAUUCGAAUUUGUGUCAAAGUUUGCAUAUUUUCGAUAGAUACCGAUUUUUAUUUGGUAGAAGAAGAAAACAAGGAAAGAUGAUAGAGCCACUCAUCAACCUAAUAGUAAUUUUGGUACAAGUGAUAGGCAGCAUUCACAAUUUUGUACUCAUGGUUAUUCAUUGGAGGAAAAAGCCGAGUAUACCUCCAAUUAAAAAUCCACUGUUAAAAUUAAGCGCAACCACGCUAGCCAGGAAAAUCAGGAACAGAGAACUCAGUAGUCAGAUAGUAGUGGAAGCAUAUAUCGAGCGUAUUAAAGAAGUGAAUCCAUUCAUAAACGCAGUGAUAGAAGAUCGAUUCGAAGCUGCUCUAGAGGAAUCAAAGAUAUGUGACGCCAAAUUGAAAAGCAAUGACUUAACCAUGACUGCCGAGCAGCUAGAAAAGCAUAAGCCUCUUUAUGGUGUGCCGAUAUCUAUCAAGGAAUCCUGCGCGGUUAAAGGAAUGAGCUUUACCUGUGGUUGCGUAUCCAGGAAAGGCAUGAAGGCCACAGAAGACGCAUAUGUAGUUCAAACGUUUAAAAACGCUGGUGUCAUUCCUUUGUUGGUCUCCAACGUUCCCGAAUAUUGUGUAACUCUGCACACUUAUAAUUUUCUGUUUGGCCAUACAAUGAAUCCAUAUGACACGAGAAAAACAUCAGGAGGAUCGUCAGGGGGUGAGACUGCGUUAAUUAGCUCAGGAGCAUCUGUGCUUGGAAUUGGAACGGAUUUAGUUGGAUCCCUAAGAAUACCAAGUUUCUUCACUGGUGUUUUUGCUCAUAAACCUACUGCAGGUACCAUUCCUCUCGAUGGACAUUUCUUUUUAGUUGACGAUCCUAUCUUUAAACAGUUGCUAACAAUAGGACCCAUAGCAAGAUACGUGGAUGAUCUUUACUUGAGCAUGAAGGUGUUCGCCACAUCCCCCGAAUGCAGAUUGCUUCCACUUUUCGACGAACCAGUCGAUAUAAAAAACUUAAAAUUUUAUUACUUCGAUAACAUCAAUGGCAUUCUCGGUAUUACCUCGACAACAUCAGAAAUUAGGAGGACAAUUCACAAAGCCAAGCAGUAUCUAAUAACGAAAGGGGCUAGCGUAGAAGAAUUUCCACAAGAAUGGCUCCAAGAUAUAUCCUACAUGUUGUUAUCCACAUUAGGAACCCUAGAUGUUGAUUCUAUACUGGAACCAGACUCAAAUGGAUCUGGUAUAGAAUUCACAAAAACAAUAUUAGGAUUGUCACAAUAUACGCCAAUGCGUGCGCUUAUGCAAGUGCUCCUAGAAAACAAGGGAUUCUUGUCAUCUUCACGUGUAGCAUAUUAUAAAAGGGCUAUGGCAGAACUUACUCUAAAACUAAAUAAUAUGUUAAAAGAUAAUGGAGUACUAAUAUGUCCAACUUGGUGUCGUACAGCAAGUUUUCCGCAAAUAAUGUCAUGGGAAACGCAUUGCUGUGUUUAUACCGCUCUAGCUAAUUUGACAUGUACACCUGCAACGCAGAUACCAAUGGGUUUCAGUAAAGAUGGAACACCACUUGGUUUUCAGGUGAUAUCUGCAUCUUAUCAAGAUCAUCUUUGUUUAGCAGUUGCCAGAGAAUUCGAGAAAGAUCAUUGUGGCUGGGUACCUCCUAGCUAAGCUUUUAUUUUAGCAUUACUAAUAUAUUGCUACGAGUACAAACAUUUUUAUUAGAAACUAUACACGAUAUUACCCUAACACAAAACGAAAAAUGGCAUAAAUGUUAUUUAUUUGUAAGAAUAAUUGAUCGCAUAUUAUAUAUUUCAUGAAUUUGUUUAUAUCUACUAAAAAGACGAACGUACAAUUCGCGUUAAAUGUGCAACGAUAUAUCUUGUAAAUAAGUAAAAUUACUUAUACAUAAUAGAAGAUAGUCUUUUCAA